AGAACGCCAACCGAUCUGGCAACGCCACACCGCCGGCAAGUGUCGAUUUUUAUUGGUCCAAGUCGGCGCAGCAUGUUUAAUUGAAAACAACGGCCCGCCACUGGCAAAUGAUAAAAUAAACGUGCGCCGAAUACACGCGAAUCGAGGUAGCAGGACCAGGGCCAGGACCACACCACCCGUAGCAAUCCGAUCCGGACGCCAGCGAGGCCGCGGGCAGGCAGUGGAAGCCAGAGAGCCGCAGAGAAUCGAAUGUUGCGCAACCUUCAGUCCCCGCAUGCACCUGAGCAGCCCCAACAACGGCGACGACGACGGGAAAACAACAGUCAGAAGCAACCAACCACCGGGGCCAUUGCCGCCUAACAACAACCACAUCACGCCAUCGCUUACAUCUGAUAAUCGAAUUUAGCGUUUGGCGAUGAAGAAACGCUCCAGUUCACGUGGCACCCCGCCCGCCGGCGAGGGGGACCAUCCUUCAUCAUCAUCAACAACAUCAGCUGCCUACAAACCGGGAGCGGCCAGUGCCCCGGCCACGCCCACAAAGGGACGGCGGGAUGGCAGCGAUGGCAGCGGUAGCAGUGCGGGCGCCAGACGGAAGCGAAAGGAGGAGAUUGCCCAGACCUUUGUCAUUGUCAACGAGCGGCCAGUGGACGAUAUAUCCCUGGAUUUCUUCUACAAGCCGCACACGAUCACCCUGCUGGCUGUGUCCGUGCUGGCUGUGAUGUACUUUGCCUUCGUCAGGAAUGAGGCGAAUGUGGAUGAGAAUCUCUGGGCGGGCUUACUAUGCAUUGUGUUCUUCUUCCUCAUCGUCUCGGUAAUUGCCUUUCCCAAUGGACCCUUUACACGACCACAUCCCGCCGUUUGGCGAAUAUUAUUCGGUUGCUCCGUUCUGUACCUGCUGAUGCUACAGUUUCUGAUGUUCCAAAACUAUCCGACCAUUAGGAGUAUAUUCUAUUGGAUUGAUCCUAAGUUGAAGAACUUUCAUAUCGAUAUGGAGAAGGAAUACGGCGUCAACUGUUCGGACAUCAGUUGGGAUCGCGUCAAGGGCCACUUGGAUGUCUUUGCCUGGGGCCAUUUCUUGGGCUGGGCCUUUAAGGCCAUCCUUAUCCGUCACAUGGGCAUUCUUUGGGCCAUUUCGGUGAUGUGGGAAAUCACCGAGAUCACCUUUGCCCAUCUCCUGCCCAACUUUAUUGAAUGCUGGUGGGAUGCUCUUAUCCUCGAUGUGAUCAUUUGCAACGGUCUGGGUAUCUGGAUGGGCCUCAAAAUCUGUCAAAUCCUGGAGAUGCGCGAGUACAAAUGGGCCAGCAUCAAGGAUAUAUCGACAACGACCGGCAAGAUCAAGCGUGCCAUGCUUCAGUUUACUCCGGAGAGCUGGUCAGCCAUCCGCUGGCUAGAUCCCAAGUCCACGGCCAUGCGAUUCGCGGCGGUCAUCCAGCUAGUGAUCUUCUGGCAGGUCACCGAGCUGAACACAUUCUUCUUGAAGCACAUUUUCGAGAUGCCGCCGGAUCACUUUAUUGUGAUUGGUCGCCUCAUAUUCAUUGGACUCUUUGUGGCACCCUCGGUUAGGCAAUAUUAUGUAUAUGUCACCGAUACGCGCUGCAAGAGAGUCGGCACCCAGUGUUGGGUUUACGGCGCCAUCAUGGUCUCCGAGGCCAUUCUGUGCAUUAAGAAUGGCAAGGAGUUGUUUGAGCGCACGCAAGCCAUCAACAUUGUCCUGUGGCUGACGAUCCAAGUGCUAAUCUCGGUGGCAUUCGUCUAUCUGGCGGUUUGGUGGCAGCAACGGCAGCUAAAAAAGGUUUCCUCGACACCCACGAAAAGUAAAGGAGGUAUUAGUCUAGCCCACUCAUCUUCACCAUCUAAAGGUAAAUUGUCGCCGCAAAAAGAGAAGAAAUUAAAAUAAGAACUUGAUUGAUAUUUAAAUACAAAAAAACUUCAAAGCUACAGAAACAAAGUGGAUGAGGCCAUUCAUAUUCUAUUAAAAAAAGAAACCAAACAAGAGAAUUAUGUACAUACACUUAAAGAAAACUGUACUGAUUAAAUUAAAUACAUAACGUGUAAAUAUA